GCAUGUGUUUAUUUUGCAUCUGUCUUUCAAGCUAUGUCAUGUGGUAUCCAUUACUUAUCAUCUGUGUUCAUGGCUGUAACUCCCAACUUUGUCUGUGGGAUCCCUGGAAAUGUGAGUAGUGUUCUUUUCUACAACUCCUCUGAAUCCAGCAUAGAGGACAUCUGGACACUGUGGACAUCAACAGAAAAUUACAUUGUAGUCCAGCUGGAAAAUGGAGAAAUUUGGGAACUUGACCAGUGCAGCAGAGCCAGACGAGAUGUUGGUUUGGGUCUGACCUAUGAAUACAAAGGCAACAAGUCAGUGUUUCCUUGCUCUGAUGGGUUCCUCUACGAUGACACCAAGUGGAAGAGCACGGUUGUUACGCAAUGGGAUCUGGUCUGUGACAGAGAAUGGCUGGCAAAACUCAUCCAGCCAACAUUCAUGCUUGGAGUCCUGAUUGGAGCAGUGAUUUUUGGUGACAUUGCUGACAGACUGGGAAGGCAGCGUGUGAUCUGGUUCACAAGUGCUGGUCAGUUUGUCUUUGGAGUGGCAGUGGCCUUCACCUUUGACUACUACAGCUUCGUGACUGUGCGGUUCCUGCUCGCCAUGGUUUCCAGUGGCUAUCUGGUUGUGGCUUUUGUUUAUGUGACUGAAUUUGUUGGCAUUAAAGCACGAACCUGGGCUUCUAUGCAUGUCCAUGCUUUUUUUGCUAUGGGAAUUAUGAUUGUGGCACUCGUGGGAUUUCUGGUUCGGACCUGGUGGGUCUAUCAGAUAUUUCUCUCCAUAGCAACAAUUCCCUUUGUCUUGUGUUGCUGGAUGCUCCCAGAAACACCUUUUUGGCUCAUCUCGGAGGAAAGAUAUGAAGAUGCACAAAAAGUAAUUAAUAUCAUGGCAAGAUGGAAUAAAGUAAGCACUCCCUGCAAAGUUGCUGAACUGUGCUCAGUCCAACAAGAGGAUCUAGUCAGAGACAGAACGGGUGACAAUGACACGUCCUCAACAAAGAAGCACAACAUCUUAGACCUGUUUUGUAACUGGCACAUUGCAAGAAGGACCAUCACAGUCUGGCUCAUCUGGUUCACUGGGAGCUUGGGCUACUACGUCUUCUCCCUCAGUUCUGUCAGUCUAGGAGGCAAUGAAUACUUAAAUCUCUUUCUCAUAGGUGCUGUGGAGUUGCCUUGCUAUAUCAUUGCUUGCAUUGGGAUGGACAAACUGGGAAGGAGAAACACACUCAUUCCGUUCCUUAUUUUAAGUGCAUUGAUCUGUGUUUUAAUUAUGUUCAUACCUCAGGAUUUCAAUAUAUUAAUUAUCUUAGCAAAUAUGGCUGGAAAAUUUUCAAUAGGUGUGGCAUUUGGCCUUAUAUAUCUCUACACAGCUGAACUGUACCCAACAAUUGUAAGGUCACUUGCUGUUGGAAGUGGAAGCAUGAUGUGCCGUGUGGGAAGUGUGGUUGCUCCUUUCUGUGUGUAUCUGAGAAGUGUUUGGAUUUUCAUGCCACUUUUGCUUGUUGGAAUCAUGGCUCUCCUGAGUGGAAUAUUAACAAUAAUGCUUCCAGAAACACUGGGAAAACCAUUGACUAACACUUUGGUGGAAGCCACAGAAAUGGGAAGAAAGAAGAAAAACUCUUCAGGAAAGACUCCUCCAGCACACAGUGGUGCAACAUCAGAGAAGAUAGAGAUGUUUGGUCAAGAAACCUUCAGCACUGAGAAAUAAAGCAACAGCAAAACGGCUCUUCCCAAUUUCAAUCAUUCACUGAUUUAUAAGAUCUUUUUAUUCAAGAAAUGUAACUGUUCUAU